AUGUAUUCAUCAUUUUCAAAUAAUAUAAAUAAUAAUAGUAGUGGAAGUAGGGGAUAUUUACCAUCGUUAAGUUCACCUUCUUCAUUGUCCCUAUCCUCUUCUUCCUCUUCGUCGUCAUCCUCUUCAUCGUCAUCAUCAUCAUCUUCACCAAAUAAAAAUCAAAACUCAUUAUAUAGACAAAAUUUAUUUGAAUUACCAACAAAUUGGUCACCUAAAGAUAAAUGUUCUCAUUUAGAAUUAUCUUCAAAUGCAUUAAAGGUCACAUAUAAAACAAAUAAAACAGAUAAUGAGGCAGGUUUAAUUAGAGCAAAUUGUUUUAUACCUCCAUCAUGUGGGAUAUAUUAUUUUGAAGUUACAGUUAUAAGUAAAGGUAGGGAUGGUUAUAUUGGUAUUGGUGUUUGUACCUCUUCGAUGCCUUUAACAAGAUUACCUGGUUGGGAACGUAAUUCAUUUGGAUAUCAUGGCGAUGAUGGAAAUUUAUUUAAAGGAUCUGGUACAGGUUCAGCAUAUGGUCCAACUUAUACAACAGGUGAUGUUGUUGGGUGUUGCAUUAAUUUUGUUCAAGGUUCAAUAUUUUUCACAAAGAAUGGUGUACCAUUAGGUGAAGCAACAAAAGAUAUUAAAGGUUUAGUGUUGUUUCCAUGUAUUGGGUUAAGAACUCCAGGAGAAUCAUUAGAGGCCAACUUUGGACAAAAACCAUUUGCAUUUGACAUUGAUCAACUUUUUAAAGAAGAAAAACAUAGAGUAGUUAAAACAAUUAAAAAUACGAAUGGUGAAGAAGAAUUAACAUCUACCCAAUUGGUUUUAUCAUACUUAAUACAUCAUGGCUAUAGUGAAACUGUUAAACUAUUUGCAAAAACCACAGGUACUGAUGGUGAAUCAAUUGACAACCAAAUUGAUGAUAUAAAAAAUAGACAAAAAAUUUCAGAAUUAUUAUCCAAGGGAAAUGUCGAAAAAGUUAUAAAUGAGUUAAAUAGAAUUUAUCCAAAUUUCCUUAAAGAGAGAAAAGAUAUAUUGUUCAAAUUAUUAUGUCAAAAGUUUAUAGAAAUGAUAAAGAAUUCACCAAUAGAAGAAGCAAUGGAGUUUGGUCAGAGAGAAUUGUCGAGUUUUUCAAAUGAUUCGGUUGAAUAUGAGAAUCAAUUGAAUGAAAUAUUUUCAUUAAUAGCAUACACUGAUCCAUUUUCGAGUCCAAUAGGUCAUCUUUUAGAAAAAUCAAAAAGAGAUCAAAUUGUAAAUGAUUUAAAUUGCGCACUUUUGGUACAUUGUAAUAAAUCAUCAACUCCUGUAUUAGAAAAAAUAGUUAAACAAGCAAAGGUUGUAAUUGAUCAAGUAGUUUUUCAAAAUGCUGGUCCAUCAGCUGCAUUUAUAAAUGUAAAAGAGUUUAUAGAUGUUGAUGAUACCAAUUAAAUAAAAAAAUAAAUUAAAAAUAAAAAUAAAUAUUUAUAACAAUAUUAUUUAGAAACUAUCUUUAUUAAAUUUAAAGAAACAAGUUUUUUAUUUAUUAUUUUUUAAAAUGAUUCAAUUAA